AUGUCUAAUCCUAGCUCUUACAAAAGGAACAUCUUGAUUCCGAUUGACGCCAGUUCACACAGCAAGCGGGCAUUCAACUGGUACCUGGAGGAGAUGAUGCGCCCGGAUGAUUUGAUCCACUUUAUUCAUAUUGUGGAACCACAGUAUUCGGGCAUGAGCUACGGAAUCGGGGUGCAGAUGCAGAUGGCCGUCGACGAGCUGGGGAAAGCACUGCAGGAGAACGUGGAGAUAGGCAAGAACCUGGGACAGGAUUACCUGACGCUUGUCAAAAGCCUCGGCAUGCAUGCGAAGUAUGUCCUCCACGUCGGUACCAGGCCUGGAGAGCAUAUU